CUAAAACACCAGGUGUCAUCAGUUAACGAAUUACUGCAGCCUCCAAUAAAAUCACAGCUCUGGGAGGCAGCAGUGUGUAGCUGUUGUUUGUAACGUGGGGCACAACUCUGAGCAACAAUGUCUGGCCGUGGGAAGAAAGCCGCAUCCAAGCCAAAGUCUGCGAUGUCCCGCUCUACCAGGGCUGGGAUCACUUUCCCAGUCUCCCGCAUCCACAGGUUCCUCAGGAAAGGCAACUACGCAGAGCGGGUCGGCACCGGGGCUGCGGUGUACCUGUCCGCCGUCCUGGAGUACCUCUGUGCAGAGAUCCUGGAGCUGGCGGGGAACGCCAGCCGCGACAACAAGAAGCACCGCAUUGCCCCUCGCCACAUCCUGCUGGCGGUGAGGAACGACGAGGAGCUCAACAAGCUCCUGGCAGGAGUCACCUUCUCGGAGGGAGGCGUCAUCCCCAAUAUCCAGGCAGUGCUUCUGCCCAAGAAGACCAAGGGGCCCCGGGAUGAGAGCUCGGCUAAAGACGUUCAGUCUCAAGAGUUCUAAGGACUGCAGCUUGAAAGCUGUGGACAUCUUGCCCAGACAUAUUUUAAGUGUAAGUUUUUAAAUGGUUGUUGUACUAAUGUUUUGUCUAAUUAAAGUUGAAUGUUUAUAUUAAA